UCCUCCGCGGCGGGCCCCCCUCGCAGCUGCGCGGCCGCCGACACCGAGGAGGCGCGAGCCAUGGAGGGCAACCGCGACGAGGCAGAGAAAUGCGUGCAGAUCGCUCGCGAGGCCCUGAGCGCCGGCAACCGCGACAAGGCCCAGCGCUUCCUGCAGAAGGCCGAGAAGCUGUACCCGCUGCCGGCCGCGCGCGCAUUAUUGGAAAUAAUUAUGAAAAAUGGAAGCUCCGCUGGAAACAGCGCACAUUGCCGAAAACCUCCAGGGGGUGGGGACCAGAGCAAGCCUACCUGCACAAAGGACGGCACCCCGAGUAGUGGUGAAGGAGGAAAAGUCUACACCAAAGACCAAGUAGACGGAGUUCUCAGCAUAAACAAAUGUAAAAAUUAUUAUGAAGUUCUGGGAGUCACAAAAGAUGCUGGUGAUGAAGAUUUGAAAAAAGCUUAUAGGAAGCUCGCUUUGAAGUUUCAUCCUGACAAAAACCACGCCCCUGGAGCCACGGAUGCUUUUAAAAAGAUUGGAAAUGCUUAUGCAGUUUUAAGCAAUCCAGAGAAACGAAAACAGUAUGACCUCACGGGCAGUGAAGACCAAGCUUGUAAUCACCAAAACAACGGCAGGUUCAAUUUCCACCGAGGCUGUGAAGCCGACAUAACUCCGGAGGACCUGUUCAAUAUCUUUUUUGGAGGUGGAUUUCCUUCAGGUAGUGUACACUCAUUUUCAAAUGGCCGGGCUGCUUACAGCCAGCAACAUCAACACCGACACAGUGGCCACGAAAGAGAAGAAGAAAGAGCAGAUGGAGGGUUCUCUGUGUUCAUCCAGCUGAUGCCCAUUAUUGUGCUGAUCCUAGUGUCGUUGUUAAGCCAGUUGAUGGUCUCCAAUCCUCCUUAUUCCUUAUAUCCCAGAUCUGGAUCAGGACAAACUAUUAAAAUGCAGACAGAAAACUUGGGCGUUGUUUAUUACGUCAGUAAGGACUUUAAAAGCGAAUACAAAGGAGCACUAUUACAAAAGGUAGAAAAGAGCGUGGAGGAAGAUUAUGUGACGAAUAUUCGAAAUAACUGUUGGAAAGAAAGACAGCAGAAAACAGAUAUGCAGUAUGCUGCUAAAGUGUACCGUGAUGAGCGGCUGCGAAGGAAGGCAGAUGCUCUAAGCAUGGACAACUGCAAAGAGCUGGAGCGGCUGACCAGUCUCUACAAGGGGGGAUAAGCCGGAAGUCCCACCUACUCCUUCCCACGUACUCUGUCUUUUCUGUACAUUUCAUUUCGCCGUGAAGCCGAAGAAGACUUGAUUAAAGACUAAGCUGAGUAGUUGACUCCUGAAAUCUUGGACUGUUGAUGACCUACUGGCGCAUUCAGUAGUAAGAGCGGAAAACUAAAUAUUUUAGUAUGCUUCUGCACUUACUUUCCCUCUGAAAUCUUACAUGAUUCCUUACGAUGUCUGGAGAGGAUUAUCACACCUGUAGCAAUUGCCAGUUUUAGUGAUUCUCCAUUAUUCCUUUGCCAUGUAAAUAAUUUUAGAAUCAUUUUGUGUAUAUAUGAAUGCUUUGCCUUUUAUUUAAAUUAUUUUAGCAUUUAGCUCCAUGAGGCGCUCCGUUUAGGCUGAUGGAAUGAAUGUUUAUGACACAGUACCAUUUUCCAUUAGGUAUUUGGGUGUGUGGAGUUUAAACAAUGAAACUUUUUCAAAAAGAAAAGACAAAACUUUAUGUAAAAGCUUAUAACAGUGUAGAAGGAAUUGACAUUUUUAAUAUUGUUCUUAUAUUCCAGAAUAUGUAAUGAGAUAAAUGAACUGGUAUAUACUAUCAGUAUGCUCUUUAGUUUUAUGAAUUGCUAAGCCAUACAUAGGAACAAAAUGCUAUAAGAUAGAUUUUAAAGAAAAUAUGAUGACAAAUAUUAUGCUAAAUGACUUUUCAAUGGUAAGUUGCAGUUAUGCCAGUCACAAUUCCGGUAAUUAAAAGUUAGCCCCAAAUGUUCAUUUCAAGGCUACUGAAGCUUAUGAAGCAAAAGAUGAACUUUCUUCCCAUGGAAAUUCAAUUACAUGGAUAUUAUUGAAGCAGGACCCCAAAGCAAAUGGAUUCUUCUACAAAUAUAUAAUAAGAACAAAAUGACCACUAACACCCAGCGAUGUGCCUUUCCAAGUGCCGCUGACUUACCUGACAGAGCACGAUCUCACAGCUGGAGCUGUGAUUGACAGCAAGACCUCAUCUGAGCAUUCUGAGCUAAGCUCACUUGCCCCCAGGCAACUCAUCAGAUCUUUAGACUCAGCUUCUUGUAACUCAAUCUGUAAUACAUGGUGGGAAAACACAGCUGGGACUUGAAGUUCUGGUGCUUUCUAGGUUUGAAAUGAUUUCUGGUCUUCUAUGUUUAACAAUAGUAAUGGCUUCAUGGUUUUGCUUCAUACAGUUAAGGAAUUACAAACACAGUUUUGGUAGUUUGUCCUAUCCCAUUGCUCAAGAAUGAGAAUGUUAGGUAGAGAGACUUUGUGGUUUUGCUUAUGGAUUCUUUUCUAAAUAUUGCUGUUUUGUCAUCUGUUGACUUGUCUUGAAAACAGUCUCUUGUAUUCUGUUGUCAGAGUAUCCAGAAGAAAGACCUGAUUGUAAUUACACACAUGGUUUUAGGUGUCUGGACAGCCCCACCAUGCCUAAAAACGGGACCUGUAACAAGAGGAGUACGCAAAGAAAAGGUUCAUCCUGAAGUUCUCACACCAUACAUUUAAUAUAAAACUAUUAAAGCGCUGCACAUCUAGUCAUGCUUCGUAAGAACCUUUUCCUCACCAUCAUCCAUAUUUCUGUCACUCUCUAAAGUAGAAUCUUGACUUUUCUAGCUUCUGAGGAACACCUUCAAAGGACCAUGUACCACAGUGGCUGCCUCUAGCUCCUCAGUAUGUGUCUGUCCAUGGGUUCUCCAUGUUCUCACGAAGGCCGAGGGCUUGAUGUAGGGAUCACUGCUCUUUGCUUGUGAUAAACUGGGGUUGAGUUUUACACUAAUGUCACAUUCACAAUUCCAGGGCACUCUGGGCCUUGUUCUCAGAGCCUUCCAAGUUCUGUUCUGCUUCCUUCAGCAAACUUCCUGUCUGACGAUUAGCCUGAAUUAGAGUUGUUUAGUUGAUGGGAAUGGUUCCCUAAAGUUGCAUGCCUUAAACAUAGCUGCUUGUAUUUUUCUACUUCUCUUUCAUUCAAAUCUUUUUCAGCUCUCAUUUCAGCGUCCAGUUUGCAGAUUUCUGAAUUGCAUCAAACUGUUAUUAUUCCUUUAACUUCUUUGUAUUUCCAUCAGUUGUUGAUCUUGUUCUCUGGAAGAAGAUGAUAAGACUUAGUGAUUCUCUUCCCAGAGUCCUCUGGUCCUUGAGGAGACUGCCAUGCUGCUUUUGUGAUGCUUUUGUGCUUGCUCAUUGCAUCACUUUCUUUCUGUAUUUUGGGUCUCACCACGUAGCUCUGGCUGGUUGGAGCUCUCAGUGUAGACCAGGCUGGCCUGGAACUCACAGAGAUUGGCCUGUGCCCCACCCCACCCAUGCUGGGAUUAAUGGAAUGUGCUCCCACACCUGGUAAUAAAGUGGGAUGGUUUUUUGUUUUCUUUUUUGUUUUGUUUUGUUUUGUUUUGUUUUUGAGACAGUGUUUCUCUGUGUAGCCCUGGCUGUUCUUUAGACCAGGCUGAAUCUCUGUAGACAGAGAUCCACUGUCUCUGCCUCCCCCAAGUGUGGGGAUUAAAGGCAUGCACCACCACCACCCGGCUAUAAUGUGUAUUUUCAUUCAGAAGAACACAUAGUUUUCCAUUUCCCAUGAAAAUCAUGGCUCUUAUGUUUAACAUAGCCAUUGAAAUAUCCAUUUCAAAACUCUUGUUUUUAAAGAUCUGUGACAACUAAAUUCUUAAGUUUCUUGUUCAUGUAAGUCCUCUGCUCUUCAUUGUAAGGGUUUCUUAAGUCCAGCGCACUUUUGAAGUCUUGUUUUAUCUGUGUUUGAUCUGAAGAAUGACGUGUUGUACACACUGUUUCAGCUCAGUAACUUCCUUAGUUGUCCCUAUGGUCUCCAGCCAGAUUUGCACUGAUUGUCCCAGUCUGUUCAGUUUUCUGCCUUGCUCUGUUAGCACAGCCUUUAACCUGGAACAUUCUACGCAAGCUUGUGAGGGCUUCAACCGCUGGUCAUUCCUGGGAUUCUUGCGACUGUUUGAAAUGUUUUAUUAUAAAUUUUAUUUAUUCUUAUGUUUAUGGUGUGUGUGUGUGUGUGUGUGUGUGUGUGUGUGUACAUGCGCCAAGGUGCACAUGUAGAGAUCAGAAAGCACCUUGCAGAAGUGAGUUCUCUUCUUAUGCCUUGUUCAAUUCUGUGGAUUGAACUGGAGUCCUCAGACUUGUGCAGGGAGUGUUUUAUCACUGAGCCAUCUCACCAGCCUGCCCUCAGAUUCUCUUUUCUAUCUUAAUUCCAUAGGCAGUGUCCUCAGAGAGACUCCAGCCUCUUCAUGCUAUAGCUCUUUCGCCCUGGUGACUAGGUUUAAGUUUUUCAUUUUCUCCCUUUUUUUUUUUCAAAAGCUGUGUUUUAUUAAUGCAUAUUAGUUACAUAUGGUAAUGGGUUUCAUUAUGACAUGUUCAUACACAUGUAUAAUACAUUCCAUCAUCUUCACCCCCUAUGGCCCUCUCUCCUUCAGUCUUUUUGUUGAUGAUGAUGAUGAUGAUGACCCAAGGAGUUUUCAUUGUGUUGCAUGUAGGGAAUAGGUGAGGGGUUAUUUACAGGAACAUCGGCACAUUACCAGUGCCUGCAACCCUGAAGGAAAUGUCUCCCUCCCUCAUCAGCCGCUAGAUAGAUGCUCAGAUACUCAUGAGCCCCCCCCCCCCCCCAUCCACAAUGGGAUGUGGCUAGGCCCGACUUUAUAGAGACCAUGUGCAGAAUCACGGUGUGGUAACUGUGUCGUGGCCAGAAAGCAGUGGUCCGGAACACAUAACCACUUCUCGCGUUAUUUCCACCCCCUGCUCUUCAGUGUUCUCUGAGCCUAGAAGUGGGUAGUGCAGGUAUCCCCUUACGCUGAACACUCAGUAGUCAUGUCUCCUCAUUACUGUGACCAUUAUGAGCUCUGAAGUCACUUCUGCCCACUACAGAAAUCAGUUUCUCUGACCAAAGCUGGCGGUAAGCCCUCACCCACAAGCACAAUAACAGUUUUCUGUCUUUUCAUUUUAGUGGAAACCUGCAGUUGAAAAGUUCUGUCUCCACCCCGUGUGGCCUGUGAGCCUCAUGGUUUUGCAUUUGCUAGUCUUGACGUCCCUGAUCUUACUUCCCACUUUUUUCUUCAAAGGAGUUCACUGUGCCUGUUUUCAGUUUCUUUUUGCCUUUCGUUGGAUUAAAACAUAGAGAAACCUCAUGAAUUUUUCUGUCAUUCUUGCACAGGAGCCAUGCUCUUCUCUGUACUGUUCUGCUGUUAAUACAUGUGCUGCAAAAGUGCGCACACGCCACAGAAUUUUAAAUAUUCUCUUGAGCCUGUAGAAUAAGUCACUUAAAAUAUAGAGUUCUAAUUAACUUUGAAAGCUUGUAUCUAUCAGAAAUUUGUAGGAACUUGAAUGAAAAUCUUUAAGCUCCUUUUCCAGUUCUAGUGGGAAAUUUAUAUUAAUGUGAUAGAUAUUUACAAAAACCAAACCUACUUAAAUCCCAUCCUUAAAGGGAUAGAAGAAGAUAGGUCAGGUUGAGAAACACUAACACAGCAUAGAGUCACACAUGGCUUCGGACAGUAUUGUUUCUGGUUCAUUGCUGUAUCCCAUCAUUCUUAUGACACUUAUGGGGUUAGAUUAAACAGAAUUUGGAAUUAGCUGUGGUCGUGGCUGACUGAGUGACUGGUAUCUUAAGCUACAUAUAAAGUAAACAAGCAAUGACUGAAUUGUUAACGAUGCCUGAAUUGUGGAAGGAAAUAGUUGGUGGCUUUGAAUUUAACUUCAUGUGUAUUUAGAUGGCUCGAGCUGAAAGAUUUUUUGCGUGCUUGCUACUCACGCUGUGAUACAAAGCCCAAUAUUUUCCUGCCUUAUAGCCACAUGAAGUUUCCCAAUUUCAUUUGCUCGCUUUCAUCCUUACCCAGUAGCUCUUUACCUUUGCAUAUUAACUAGGAAGUUUGGGAAUGGUAGUUACACUAUUAGCAACUGAUGUUUCAUCUCCUUACACACAGAGAAGCAUGCACACACGCUCACCCACACACUUGCGGAGGAAAGAACACAGCACUUUCCCUUUUUUUCCAUUCCCUUCUUCCUGAAGACAUUAACAUUAGUUAUUUAGUUAUCUUGAAGUCUUAGGAUUUUUUUUUUGACCAAAUAGGCUAACUGACCACUGAGGAAUCUCAAGUUUUCCGUCUAAUAAGCGAAAACAACAUUUUGAGACCUGAUUGCAUUUGAGAGUACGAUCAUUUCGUAACUACUACAUGCUUACUCAUGAUUGUCAAAUAAUUGAUAAGCAAAAUCAAGGUCCUUACAGUAUAUAGGAUGUCUGUGCGCGCGCACAUGUGCUCAUGUGCACGGGAGUGUGAAAGCACUGUUUUGUUCAGCUCAGGUGUCCCCAAGAACAGGAGUGUGGAAUGCUAGCCCUUGACUUCAAAUGCACUUUUAUGCUGAAUUUUUCUUGCUGUUCAAACUUUUACACUGAUAUGUAAAGUAAAUGAGUUUUCACUCUCCUUAUCUUUAUUAGUAACAUUGGAAUGCAGCUAUUUCACACGCGAUACACUUGUUACUGUGUUCUGAGAUGUUUAAUUUUAAAACCCCCACUUUUUAAAGCGGUGAAAUGAUUACUGGUGGGCCAGAGGGCCGCAUGAGCCAUCCUUUCAAUCAGGCAAGUGUUAUAGCAAAGGACCAAGCGGUUUAAAGAGAAACGAGUGUCUUUGCUUAGCUUCCCCACUCGACGCUUGAGCAUCUGGUUCUGGUUAGCUUUUUAUUGAGUGAGGCAAACGGAAAGGAAACCCAUAGCAUUUUUUAUUAUCUACAUAGAAAGUGUGUGAAAAUGAACAUCCUGAAUUCCAAUUCAUGAGCUAAAAAAACUUUUGUCUGCCAGCCAUAUCAGAAUAAGUGGAAUCUUUAAAAUUCUCUGUAAACCAAUGAAAAUAAAAGAAAAACCUAACAAUAACCUCUACAUUUUGUUUUUCUAUAAAUCCAGUUUCCAUUACAAGUAGAAGUUAGACAUGGUAGCUCAUACAUAUAGUCCCAAUACUUAAACCACCAAGUGAGGCAGGGGAUUUAAGGAUUUGAGGCUAGCCUGGGUAUCUUGUAAGACUGUUUCAACUACAAUAAGAAACAAAAACAAAAGCAGAAAGAACCAGGUUAUUUAAGCAAUUCUUGCACAACCUUUAAUAAUCUGGUCGGCUUCACAGUCCUGAAGCCAGGUUCCCUGUUUGCUUUCACUUCUAUAAAACAGAUACUUUCAUAUAAAUGGAAAACAUUUUUUCCUCAAAGCAAUGAUUCAACACAUGCUCCUUAUAUUAAGGAUUAUGUAACCACAUUUUUGUAAAUGCCUGCUGUGUAACUUUUUCCUAUUACGUGAUUCUUUUUCAAUUAAUUUGAUCUUCUGCUGGUAUAGGGGCCAAUAGAUCUGUGAAUAUUCUGUGGGUGUGUCCAUGUAUAAGUGUAUAUAUAAUGUAUAUAUUUUCCAGCUAAUACCUCAGAUGUGUGAUUGUUUAGUAAAUACCAUACUGUUUGCACAGAGCAGGGCUUCCAUUAGCAGUAGGUAUUCUUAUUUCAAAAUUUGACCAUUAGUGAAGAGGAUUUCAUUGAUGUGAAACCUUUCAGUUUAUGUCCACAUUUUAAUGCAGAUUUCCAAUUUAAGGCCCAUGCGUCAAGUAAAAUUGUAUCUUUCUGAGUCCAGUAACCCAGAAGUGGUCCUUGAAAUGUCCUAGUUUAGAAGUUAUUAAAACUCGGGGUAACUGCUUGCUGGAAUGUCUAGUAACUGCAUAGAGGCAACAGACACCUGAUGCAAGUACCAGCAAGAUUCUGCUUAGCCCUCCAGCGGUACUGUGAACAUUGGAAGGGACUUUUGAGUGACAUUCCAUAGCCUUUUCACAUUACCUUCAGAAUGAAUUCGUAUUUAUAAUUUAUUUAUAUUUAAAAGUGCUUUAUUUUUGGUCUUUAGGUUGCUAUGUGUGAAACUUUCCAUUUAAAGUUCUUGUUCGUUUUGUUGUUUUGUUUUUUGUUUUUUUUUUAAAGCUGCAGGUCAUUUCCAGGAUGUGAUAUAUAUUUUCAAGGUCUGGUGAGAUUUGAAUGGAAGCCUUGUGUUAGGAAAAUGAAGUACUAUUAAUAAAGGAGAUCUUCACAGUGCAUUCAAGAUCACAUAAUUAGGUUUUAAAAUGAAAGGUCUGAUUUGUAAAAAUUUAAUGUUAUAUCAGACUUAUCUAAGAUUUCCUGUGAGAACUUAAGCUGCUUUUGAUUUUUAAUGAAUGUUGUAAUGAAUGAUUUAUGAAUUUUUGUCUUUCAGUCUGUAAUUUAUCUCAACAUAUUAAUAAAAAGAAGGGAUGUUCUCACCAUAA